AUGGCUGUCUUUACUACCGUCACUGUGUCCAUGAAUCCAGAAUUCCGCAAGGGUUCAGACAUGCCAGGGGUGUCAAGCGUUGAAGAGCCUCCAAGGAGCCUCGAAGAAAUACGGAAGUCCCUAUUGGAUCGUAGAGACGAAGUCAAAGCAUUGCUGGAAACUGUUGUACGCAAGACUCGCGACGCAGAGACGAAGUAUAAAGGGGCGCCUAACAUUGACAACUGGUGGAAGCUGAGAGAAAUCAAGGAAAGAUUCGCUGAAAUCGCACAACAGAUUGAGAGUAGUCUCCGGGAGGAACAUGAGAAGGCACUCAAUGACCUCGGGGAUAAAUUCGCUACCAAACUACAGAUCGAGAAUAGUCAGCGAAAGGAGUAUGAGAAAGCGCUCAAUGACAUCGAAGACAGGAUUGCUAGUAUCAAGAUCACUUCACAGAACGAUAACCGAGAUGAAGCUGAAGGGAGCUGUAAAAAGAGGAGACAAGAUUAUUAA